AUGUCGUAUUUGUGGGGACAUGACAGCACUAAGCCACCUGACAGCAUGAGUCCAGACUGCUUGGACUCCAACGGACCCCCAGCCCUGAGUGAGGUGAAGCCUCGUGUGAUGGGUUAUAUCCUGAGCAUCUCUGCUUGCUUCAUCAUCUCCACAAACCUGCUGGUGGCAGCCGCUUUACUUAAACUACUCCUGAAGAAGAGCAGCCAGAGCUGGUGCUUUGUUCUGAACCUGGCCCUGGCGGACACCCUAGUGGGUGUGGCAAUUACCGGUCUGGCCACAGAAGACUUCAACAGCUACAAUAUCACUGAAAACCAGCAGAGCCAUGAUCCUCCAACGAACACCAAACCUCCCGCUCAGGGCAAAGCCCAGUGUUUGAUGCGGAUGGCCUUCGUGGUGUCACCCUGCAUAGCAUCCAUCAUGUCCAUGUUCCUCAUCUCACUUGAUCGCUACGCAGCCAUUAAGGCGCCCCUGCGAUACUCCCGGCUGUCAGGGAGGUGGACGGCAGUUGGAUCUCUGCUGGUUCUGUGGAUCAGCUCCUACAUGGUGGGGUUCUUGCCUGUUAUGGUGCGACAGCUGCAGACUGACGGCUACAACGGCUUCUGUGCCUUCUUCUCGGUCAUCCAACAGGUGGACAUGGUUGUUUUGUUCAGCGUCUGCUUCUUUCCAGUGUUCACUGUGUUUGUUUACAUCUACCUGGACAUCCUUAAAAUCUCCUGCAGCCACCAGAAGCAGAUCUUACAAAUCCGGCAAGCUGGUUCCAGAACGACUGAGCACCAUCACCAUCAACAUAAUGAGCAUCAUCGCCAUCAUCGGCAGCAGAAGAUGUGCUUCACAGGCCAUGUCAAGGCCUUGAGGACAGUGGCAGUGCUUGUCGGCUGCUUCCUCAUCCUAUGGUGCCCAUUUUUUGUGGCGUGCUUAGUUCACCUUCUGUGUAAAAGCUGCAAAGUUACUGAAGUGAUGGAGAAUCACUUGUGGCUCUUAGGACUGUCCAACUCACAGAUCAAUCCUCUAGUGUACGCCUGCUGGCAAAAAGAGGUGCGGCUACAACUAGCAGCCAUUUUUUCUUGCUUUGGAGAUAGAUCUUCAGCUGCUGGACUACCACACGUCACCGCAAGAUGCAACCCCCAGCAACCUGGCCUGACACAAGCAGCUGUUUCUGGUGUAGAUAUCCUGGAGCUUUCACAGGUGCAGCCAAUAGUCACCAGUGAUAAAGAUCUUACAAGCAUGUAA